CGAUCGAAUCUGGAUGAGUUAUUCGAUCAUGAUCGAUUCCAAAAAUUUCAGGCAACGUCGGCUUAUUGUCGUUCUUCGGCGGAAGCUUCAAGCGGCUCAAUCAAGCUGAGUGAGUGCCUCGUGAUCGAAGCUGAAUUCAAGUUCGGUGCCGGCUGUCGAUUGAAAUUCCAAAGUUUCCUGGGUCUUCAGUUGAUGAUUCGAAGUUCUCGUAUGCUGUGUCAUGUCAUUCCGUUUUUGUUUUCAUUGAAGCUUUCUUAUGUCUUAACAGUCAAAUUUGAACUGCUCAAUUCCAUCGACUACAAAUCUGCGGGGUUAUCGAAUCGAUUUUGUGGAGAGUUGAGUGAAUCCUUGAGAUUUCUCGAGAGUUCAGUUUGCUUAGAGUUUAAGUUCAGUGCUAUCGUGGGAAGUGAACGCUUCAAAGAUGAUGGGAAUGAAAUUGGAUAA